ACUUUACAGCCCUAAAAGAAAACCCCGCAGAGAGCUACGCCUACGCGCGUCCAUGGCCAAAGAAACUGAAACGCUACUCCACUACGAUUAAAGCACAGGUAGGUAGCUAGAUCGACCGGCGGCAGUGGCCUGUCUCAACUCUCAAGAACACUGAACAGUGACCACCACCCGCGCGCACCUACACACUUCGCACAGCAGCAGCAACAGGACAGGUGCCGCGAUGCGGGUGGGGGGAUACACGGUGCACCAGUCGCUCACCGCCGAGGCGGCCGCGGUGCUCAAGCUCUCGCUGGGCCUGGCGCGCCGCCGGGGGCACGCGCAGGUCACGCCGCUGCACGUCGCCUACACGCUGCUCGGCGCCUCCUCGUCCCCGCCGCCGCUCUUCGCAGCCGCCGCCGCCUCCACGCCGGCAUACGGCCUCCUCAGGCGCGCCUGCGCCAAGUCGUCCCACCGGAGCGGCGGUGUCUGCGCGCCGGCCCAUCCGGCGCAGUGCCGGGCGCUGGAGCUCUGCUUCAACGUCGCGCUCAACCGGCUCCCCACGGCCAAUGCGGUGGCGGGCUCGCCGCUCUCGUCGCCGUGCUCGUCCUCGGCGUCUUCCACGUCCUUCGCGGCGUCCAUCCUCCACCAGCCCAGCCCAACGCUGUCCAACGCGCUCGUCGCCGCGCUCAAGCGCGCGCAGGCCAGCCAGCGCCGCGGCUGCGUCGAGCUGCAGACCCAGCCACCGUCGCCGCCGGGCCUGCCGUCCACCUCCCCACAGCAGCAGCAGCCUAUGCUGACCAUCAAGGUCGAGCUGGACCAGCUCAUCAUCUCCAUCCUCGACGACCCCAGCGUGAGCCGGGUGAUGAAGGAGGCCGGCUUCUCCAGCGCCGCCGUCAAGACCAACCUCGAGGAGGAGAGCGCCGCCAUGAUGCUCGGCCCCGGCCACCACCACGGCUCCUCCACGCCAUCGUCCCCUGCGGCAGCCCCGGCUGUUCCGCCGCAGUCCUUCCUCGAGACAUACGCUGCUGGCUUCCCUAGCGCCUACGGCGGCAGUGCGUCGUGGCCGGCGCCGUUCUUAAACUACCAGCAGGCCGACGUCGAGUCCGAAUCGCCAUGCAAGGAGGAGGACGUGAGAGCGAUCCUGGAGGUGAUGUCGCGGAAGCAGGGGAGAAGAACCAACCCCGUCGUCGUCGCCGACUCGGUGUCCGUCGCCGAGGCAUCGGUCGCCGUGCUGAUGACGCGCCUGGAGCGAGGCGACGUCCCCGACGAGCUACGCGGCGCGCGCGUCCUCCGGCUUCACCUGUCCCACGCCCACGUCCGGCUCAUGACCAGCGCCGACGUCGACGCGUGCGUGGCGGACCUGCGCCGCGCCGUGGCCGCCGCCGCCGCCGCAACCAGCACCAAGACCGGAGGCCUGGUCAUCUACGUCGGCGACAUGCGCUGGGCCAUCGACGACGACGACGAAGCCGCCCGCAACCAGGCGGCGUCCGACGGCUUCAGCCCCGCGGCGCGUCUGGCUGCCGAGCUCGCCCGCCUGCUGGGCGAGCUCCGCGCAGCGUCGCUUGGCGGGCGCGCCUGGCUGGUGGCGGCGGCGAGCUACGGGACCUACAUGCGGUGCCAGCGGUCGUCCUCGUCCCUGGAGGCGGAGUGGGCGCUGCAGCCGGUGGCCGUCCCCUCCGGCGCCGGCGCCGGCCUCGGCCUCGGCCUCGCUCUCGGCCCACGCGCCGCAACAAGAGAAACGGACGGCAAGGUUGCCCAACUUGCUCAGUUUCCAUGGCUGGAUUUCUUACCCAGAGAAGAAGAUGGCGUGCCGGUCCUGUGCGUCGAAUGCGCAAGGAACUACGAGAUUGAAGCAUCAGCUGUGAGGGCAAAGGCAGAAGGCACCAAUCUUGCGCUGACCUUCUUCCCUGGUUGGCCGCAGGCAGAUGAGCCCCAAACGUCACACAAGGAUCUGAUGGAGCUGAAGAGGAAAUGGAGCAGAUUGUGCCGGAGGGUUCACUUGCGGCGCAACCAGCCGACUCGCCUACCCAAUGCAACCACCUCUAGCAAUCCAGGCCUCUGCUUAAGCUUUGGGACGAACGAGAUCAAGUACCAGGAUGUGAAAACCACGCUCAGCCUGUUACCUCCGGACUCCGCUGAGACACCCGACGAGGCCUGUCGUCACAGGAGCGAGGACAUGGACGCAAUGCAAGCAACGGCGCAAAAAUCGGAUACGAUGGUUGAUUCAAGGGACAUGAAGAAUGUUCUACAGCUGUGGAUCGAUGAGUUGCCAUCCGGCGAUCUUAAGAGGAAGCCGGAGAAUGUCCGGCUGCCAAGGGAAUCCAAGCGCCGGAGGGGCGGUUGCGGCCUUGAUCUGAACCUAUGCGCGGACGAGGAGGAAAAUCAGGACGGUGACAGUGCUGGUGCCAGCAGCGAAGAUGAGCUCGUUCCGAGCGACUUGACAAACGAUGGCGAGGCCAGCGGUGAUGUGAGUGUGACUGACAGCUUCGACAGCCUUUGUUAGGCUGUGACCUUCGAUCACUGAGCGAUGGCAUCACGGCGGUAGGGUCGCCGGAGAUGAAACUUCACGAAUUCUGAAAUUUCGGAAUUGUACUCGGCCUCCUUUCUCCUCCACCUCCAGUCAUUUAUCCUCGGUCCUCGCUUCGCCCCUCCCGUGCGGCUGAUCAAGCAAGCUAUAACCAUUUAGGAUGUUUGUUCGGUUAUAUGGAUUAAAGUUUUUUGUGUCACGUUAAA